UCCAUAUAAAAACCGCCUAAGAAUGUCUUGCGAGGAGUUGGCUGGAGUGGAAUCUCAACAAACGACAUCGUCAAACAAGGAAUCACGAGAAAACAUACCUUCGUGUGCGACUUCUAAGAAAUCCGCGUCUCAGGCGCAUUCGAGUCUUCAAGGACAACCAUUUCAAAAUGAACCAAGUUCAACGGCUGAAUCGAGCCAAGAAUUGAAAGUGAACGCUAGACGACAGAGAGAGUUAAAUGAAAAAGUCAUUUCAAAUUCUCCCAACGCUUGUCAAAGCAUAUCUUCAGGUAGAGACAAUGUCGCCAAGUCCAAUAACACCACGUUCAAUGAUAUUUCUGGCGAGGACGUCACUUCCGGUGUGCCAAAUGGUCACGCCGGAGACAAUAGUGUCAAUGGUAUACCCGAUUAUGAUCAAGAUGAAAACGUGAAUUCUCGGAGACAAAGUGUCAAUGGUAAUAAUUCUCAAAGGUUGUUGGAUCCCCAAUCUAGUUCAAAUACGCAUCAGCGUCGAAAUUCAACAUCAUCUAGUUCACUGAUUAACAUUACCGUAACAAACGUCGAUACUCCCUCAUCAUCCUCUUCUAAUCCUGCCAGUACAAACACUGCAAAUGUUAACAGCGUCGGUCAUUCCUACUCGAAUAGUCACAACCUGACUGGAUCAAUAUACGAAGAGAUUCCACAAAUGUAUUCGAAUCAAAGUGCCCAAUUCAUUCCCGUUACUUCCCAAUACUUUACACCCUUCCUUCCGAAUAAUGGACAAUUUAUUUAUGAUACACAGUACAGAUUUGGUCGUUCUCCUACUCACCUCCCUCCCUCGGCCCAACCUACUUUCGUCAGAUCAAAUGUCUAUCCUUAUUCUCAAAUACCCUUAAUCGCCCAAAUGCAUCCCCACCCCUCCUUUCACAAUUCCUUGAUUCCAACUUCACCUCUUCCUACAAGGUAUCUAAGUCCUUCUAGUGCCGGAGGAGACUCCGGGUUUUCUUCCCGGAGAAGCUCUUUGGAUCAAGUUAGAAAUCCUGAAUUUAGUCCACAACACGCUCAAAGGAUAUAUCAACAGAAGAAACCCAAGGAACUGGACAAAGCUCUCUGGGUAGGAAACCUACCAGAAUCUACUACUCACGAUGAAUUGAAAGACUUCUUCGCGGAUGAAAAUAUGGAGCAAACGCAGGCAGAUCUAAAGAAGUCUGAAUCUCUGUCGUCUUUGGUUUCGGAGCAUACACCUCCGCCUACCCCUUCAGAGACAGGAUCUACCGCGUCUUCUUCCACGAGGUCCCGUAGGUCGUCCAUACCACCGCGUCAACGAAUUCGACAACCUUCGGUUGCGCCAAUGUCGCCCGCCUCUUCUGUAUCCUCGUCAAAGCCUCCGUCCCAGAACAGAUAUUUCAUUCUGAAGUCUUUGACUCAAGAUGAUCUUGAUAUUUCCGUGCAAACUGGACUCUGGGCCACGCAACCUCAUAAUGAGGCUUCCCUGAAUAAAGCUUUUAAAAAUGCGGAACACGUUUUUCUGAUAUUUAGUGCUAAUAAGAGUGGCGAAUUUUAUGGAUACGCGAAAAUGAUAAGUCCGAUUAGCAAAGAGAUGACCGAGACUGUCCAAUGGACUCCGAUUGACGAAGCAGCACUAGCCGCUUCCUCGUCGCGACCUUCACCCGCAUCGGAUGAAUCGAAGGUGCGAACGAAAAAGUCUCAAGACGAGGAGAAUGAAGAUGGUGAAGAUGACGUCGUUCCUUCAAGAAAUUGGGGGACAACAUUUAAAAUAGAAUGGAUCAAAAUCAGUCGAGACGGUACCGAGGUUGAACCAGUUGUCGGCGAGCGGCUGAUUGCAGAAUUUCAUAAGACUCCUCUGCAAACAGCUUCUUCACCUUACAUGCAACUUAUGUUAACACAGCCUUUAAAUGUUGCUAAUCAAAAUAUCAGCGAUGUUCAAGACCGGAGAACAUCGUUGCCUUCUCAAAAUGGCGCGCCAUCGUUACAAACUCCGAUAAUGGAUCCGAGUUUUAUGCCAAACACUCCGCCAAGUUUUUGUUACUGGCCUCAGCCCGUUUUAGUACCUCAAUAUGGUGCCACCACAGCAUCUCAUAACUAUGUGGCUGCUCAGCCAACGUGGGUUGCCCCAGUUCCUAAAGACCCUUCGGUGGGUAUUAAUCGUGUACAAACCACACAGACCGUAGGUAUAGGCAGCACCGCCACAAUGUCCCCAAUGAUAACUUUGGAUCAACAACAAUACGUGGAGAGCCCCGCUCCUCAGCACCAUUACGCGUCGGCUCCAGCCCAGUAUUAUUCACCCAACUCUUCAGGUGCGGUGAUGUCACAGUAUCCGCAGAUUUCGCCACAGCAAUAUUUCAAAAACACUGAUGAUCAAUAUCAAGUGACACCACAAUCGCAAGAACAAUCAAUAAAUAAUGAUCCUGAAAAUGAUGCGCAUAUAAUGCCUUAUUGA